GCAUUGACGCAUGCGCGUGAGCUUUUUUCCUAACACGGAUGUGAUAAACCUAAAACAGUUGAGCUCUCUCAGAUAAAGAAUAUGGCACUGAAACGAAUCAAUAAGGAAUUACAAGAUUUGGGACGCGAUCCACCUGCACAGUGCUCUGCAGGACCAGUGGGGGAUGACUUAUUUCACUGGCAGGCAACUAUUAUGGGACCUGGUGAUAGUCCAUAUCAAGGAGGGGUAUUUUUCUUAACUAUCCACUUUCCUACAGAUUAUCCAUUCAAACCACCAAAGGUUGCCUUUACAACAAGGAUAUAUCACCCCAACAUAAACAGUAAUGGUAGCAUCUGUUUAGACAUACUUCGAUCACAGUGGUCACCAGCAUUAACAAUAUCAAAAGUGUUGCUGUCCAUUUGUUCACUUCUCACAGAUCCUAACCCUGAUGAUCCCCUAGUGCCAGAAAUAGCGCGGCUUUACAAGACUGACAAGCCUAAGUACCAAGAAACAGCAAAGGAAUGGACUAGAAAGUAUGCUAUGUAAGAAGAGAGACAUGCAGCAACUCAUCCUUCUUCUCUUUCUUUCAUCACGUAUGUCCCACUGCGCUGUCAGACUCAAUAUUUGAAGAUCAUUUUGAGGCACAUAAUCUAGACUCUACAAGGAAGACUACAGACUGAGUAGGACGUGAUUAUCAUUGCUUGGGAUAUUUUAACAGAGGACUUUAUCAUAAACCAGAAUGAAGUGCUAACUUUGGGAGGGGGGAUGUGUAGGGAACUAGAACUGGCUUCUUGGUUCAUUUUCUUUGAAAGCAUAGGCUGGGAUACAAUAACAAUUGGGAAGAUAUUGUUUCUUAAGUUUACUGUGUGGAAUCUGAGUUCAUCUUUUUAUGCCAAUAUUUAUUUAUUUACUUCUAUUGUAAGUUAUGAAAGUAAUCAGUCCUCUUGUCUUGGAACAUGCAUUGAUUUCAACUUAAAAUUGAAAAUCUUUGAAAUUUGAGUUGGCAAUCAAACUCGAACAUAAAUAAACAAAAACAUUUGUUUUAUCAUUGUUGUAAUCCAAGUAGUAAUCCUUUAUUUCAUGAACAUUUGAUGUGCAAGAUCUAUAAAGUUGCUGCCACUGCUAGGAGGAUAGUGUUGGAAGGUAACAACUAUAGUAGUUCCGAGAUUCACGCAUUCAAUUGUGACAUGACCAGCAUUGUUACAACAUUCAUAUUUAGCAAUGCCUGCUUUUGCUGACAUUUCAUAUUGAAGGCCCAUUGUUCUUUUUCAGGUUUACUUAAAAGGUAAAAUAUAAUAAUUCAUACCCAUUUAUGAAGUUGUGUACACAUGGAUGUCUACUAAAGCAGGGUUUGCACCAUACUAUAUGUGUAAAGAUGCCUGUAAUUGUUCUUCAUCACUCAUAUGACAAGAAAUAAACAUUUUCAUUCUUUU